AUGGCUAGAGUCUACUGCUUUUCUCCUUUUACAGUGUUAGUGCUGCUCUCGGUCGUGGUGGCGAGUUUGCUCUUUAGUCAAGGCGCGACAUUCGAGAGCCAGCGGCUCUUCAACAACGCGGUCAUCCGUGUGCAACACCUUCAUCAACUGGCUGCCAAGAUGAUGGACGACUUUGAGGAAGCUCUGUUGCCUGAAGAACGCAAACAGCUGAGCAAGAUUUUCCCGCUGUCUUUCUGCAACUCGGACUCCAUCGAGGCUCCGGCAGGCAAGGACGAGGCCCAGAAAAGCUCUGUGCUGAAACUGCUGCACACCUCCUACCGUCUGAUCGAGUCGUGGGAGUUCCCCAGCAGGAACCUCGGCAACCCUAACCAUAUCUCAGAGAAGCUGGCUGACCUGAAAAUGGGCAUCGGCGUACUUAUCGAGGGAUGUGUGGAUGGACAAACCGGCCUGGAUGAGAACGACUCUCUGGCUCCACCCUUCGAGGAUUUCUACCAGACCUUGAGCGAGGGAAACCUGAGGAAGAGCUUCCGUCUGCUGUCCUGCUUCAAGAAGGACAUGCACAAGGUGGAGACCUAUCUGAGCGUGGCCAAGUGCAGGAGAUCUCUGGAUUCCAACUGCACCCUGUAGGGGGCGAGAGAGAGAGAGAGAGCACAGUUUAGCCACAGCCUGUGAUCUGAGACAGGUAUUGUGUUUAAAUAAAUAAAUAAUCUUCUUGUUGUUUUUAGCAGAGUCCAGGCGUGGCUAAAUGUAUCAGCCUCUUUUUCUGGAUUUCACCUCUGACUUUCUGUAUUUUAUCCUUCUCACAGAGGAGAACUCCUCCAUUCACACGUUUAGCAGAUUUCUGUGUCU